ACAACCGUUAGGCUAUAACCAGCGAGCUGAACACAUUUAUCGCUAUGGUCCCGGUAAUAAACAACCUUUAGGCUAUAACCAGCGAGCUGAACACAUUUAUCGCUAUGGUCCCGGUCACAACCCGUUUGUAUAGCCUUAGUCUACCACUUGAUCCACAUUCCGCAGUCACAACUUCUUUAGAGCACGCGACACAGUGGUCCCGGUAGUAAACAGACGUGAUUAAUACCUCUUCAACCGGUGGCUUCCGCGCGACCUACUCCCGGCUCCGUUACUUAGUAGUCUACGCUACACAGUGGGGUUAUUGAGUAAAAGGAUAUGCGUGGUUACAGGGUGUAAAAAUAGUCCUCAGCUCUUACAUCAGUGGGCUAUGUGUAUUAUUGGGUACUCGUCCUGUCCACGUAACAACAACCUACUGGGUGUUCUUCACCCACACGGUGCACUGGACAGGGCACUAGCCGAGGCGAAAGCCGUAGCGUUUUACUAUACUUUUCAAUGUAGGAAUAAUGAACAGCCUACAUAAGUUUGGAUAAUAAAUCCAGAUAGCAUCAGUAGAGUUCCGCAGCAUAAUGACCGAUUGUUGACCUUGGCACGGCGCGGUGACAUGGAAGGGACAAAUACGCACAUCGCUGCAUGGGCUGGAACUGCUGCUGGUUCAGCGUUGAGAGCCACGGACACCGCCGGGGAAAUCGCCGCCUUCGGAUAAUUAUGCUGCUGCUGCAACUACAACCGAAGGCACCGGUCAACCGAAGGCUGUCAUCAGUUUGUGUUUGUUUGUCUCUGCACGUUGAGAAAUGUGGAAUGCUGCGUUCGGAAAUGAAUCAGAUUUGCGUAGUGGAGGAGGCGGCGGCUGCGGCGGCGGGUACGUGCCAGCGCAGGACUGGGAAUUCGUUCCCUGCUCGCGCCUGGAAAGAGAAAGAGAGAGGGGCAGAGGGAAGAGUCGCAGCCCGUUCAGGACGUUCACCUCCCCGCCAACAGUCACCCAGUUCUACGAACAGUCUCAUCCUGGAACGGUUGGAACGUCACCGGAGCUUCCUCGGGGACAAGUUCGGGCGCAAGAGCCAGGGACUCAUCACUCCCGCCUGAAAAAGAAGUUUGAACACUUAAAGAAACGCCACCGACAGGACAAGGAAGAAUGGAUACGAGAGAAGCGCCACGGACAGGACAAGGAAGAAUGGAUACGAGAAAGGAGAUACUUUUAAGACAAGUUGCUGAGAUACAAGGUGGGGAGAACAGAAGGAUUUGGUUGGAUCUGAAGACUGUAGUGGAGGAGGUGCAGCUAGAGGUGAAGAGAGAGGAGUCGAAGAGGUGCGAGCUACAGCUGCAGUACACUAAGGACAGAUGUGCCUGGGAACUGGAGAGAGCUGAGCUGAAAUGCAGAAUCGCACAGUUGGAGGCUAGAGGAGGUCCUGUCGUUGAGCUGGGGCUGAGAACUCAGAGUCCAGAGCCCAGGGAGAGUCCUCUACAGCGGGGGGACAGAGAGCAGCAGAGGAGGCUGCUGGUCGACACCCACACGGCCGCCAUGGACCUGCGCUGUCGGCUGGAGCUCAGCGAGAAGGGCUGGGUCCGAGAGAAGUCUGAACUGAUGGAGAGAUUCAACUCCGAGAGGAAGGAGUGGGAGAGCCAGCUGGGAGACAUGCAGAGGAAAAUAGAGGAGAUGUACAAGGAGGUGAAGGUGAGGCGUGAGGUAUCUGGGGAGAUGAGAGAACCUGUCGGAGAGAUUACAGAGGAAGUCACCCUGCAUGUCAGCGUACAUACCACCAGCACAGGAUCCAGCAUGCUUAGCGACAACUCGACUUCCGACCCCCAGAGCAGCAGCAGCAGCCAAUCAGAGCCCACCAACCAACGCGGCUCCUACCCCCGUCGUCACGGCAACGACGACUUCGCCGCCCACAGAAACCGGGCGGAUCACCGUGGCGACAGAGGAAACCCCCGUAACUAUGACGACUGUGUCGGUAACCAGGAAGUGGACAUGGCGGAACUGGAGGCCAUCCUGCGAGGGGUUGACAGAGACUCUCCCUCUAAAGGGGGUAUGGUUAAUGUCUGUCGCUCCUCCCACGGUGGAUCUAGUGUAGGAGUGACCCACAACACAGAGAUGAGCUCCGGGACAUGGAGUGACAAGAUGGAGAAUACUACAGCCCUCAAUGCCGCCCUGAAGGAGAUAGCCUGUGUGAGUGAAGAGCUGUGUAGCUACCAGGAUGAGAUCAGCAGGAAGUCCGGAGGGGACAAGAGGGGUCGAACCGAGUCCUCGUAUUUCUCCGAGGUGGAUCAUGUUACGACCAGAGAGAGAAUAGAGGACCCUGCCUUCAACCUGACGCAGCUGGUAGCUGACCUCAGGGCCCUGGAAGAGGAGAACUGGCUGUCCAUCAGGAAGGACCCCGCCAGGGGCCCCAGUCACCUCAAGGAGCCUGCCAGGGGCCCCAGUCACCUCAAGGAGCCCACCAGGGGCCCCAGUCACCUCAAGGAGCCCACCAGGGGCCCCAGUCACCUCAAGGAGCCCACCAGGGGCCCCAGUCACCUCAAGGAGCCCGUCAGGGGCCUCAGUCACCUCAAGGACCCCGCCAGGGGCCCCAGUCACCUCAAGGACCCCACAUCCAAGCCCUCUGAGAGGGAGAGAGAAGCACCUCCGCUCCCCCCUCUGCUGGUUCCUCCUCCUAUCCCUCCUCGGACAACAUCAUGGUACCUCGCCAGCCCCUCCCCUGAACUACAACUACACAUCCCAGAAUCCCUCAGUGGCUCAGGCAGGAAGUGCCACAGCCCCUGUCUCCUUUUAGACAGGAAGUGCAGCAGCAGCCCAUCGAUAGUGAGGAAGUUCGAGGCGAUGCUGCAGGAGAACGAGGGGAAAGUUCUGACGAAGGCCGGGUUUACCACCUGCGCUGUUCCCGUUAACUCCCAUUGCAACGUGGGCUGUUGCCACAACCGCUGGUCCUGCGACGGGAGCCGCUUCGGCAGCAGCAAGUCGUCCACCUACGUGCCUGUCCAGAAGAGCCUGUCUGAAGUCAACAUAGUGAGUGCUGCUGGGAGGGACUUGAUCCACGACUACAGGCCCGUUGAGAAACCUACAAGUCCUAGAAGCCCCGUGAGAGAGAGUCAUAUACAACCUGAAAACAAAGACCUAGCAGUUUCACACAUCUGUCUUGACCUUACCUUAGAGCUACCCCCUCCAGGCUCCAACACUCCAGGCUCCAACCCUCCAGUCUCCAACCCUCCAGGCUCCAACCCUCCAGGCUCCAACCCUCCAGACUCCAACCCUCCAGACUCCAACCCUCCAGGCUCCAACCCUCCAGUCUCCAACCCUCCAGGCUCCAACCCUCCAGGCUCCAACCCUCCAGACUCCAACCCUCCAGGCUCCAACCCUCCAGGCUCCAACCCUCCAGGCCACAGUAGGAAUACGAUGCUGGAACAUGCCACUGCUGAGUUUAACAGGACUCUCUUCCAGGCUGAGAUGGGUCGAGGGAUGGAGGACGAUGAUGUAGAGGACAGUUUUACAUCAGCGGGUGUCUCUAACAGGGGCAUACCGGACAGUACGACGGUAUGUGGCGAGGUCACACACGGGGUCACCAGGGAGACGAACUUUGACCUCCCGCCACGGCACGCCACAGAGGUGAGCUGUGACAUCACAGCUCAGAAGCUGAGUUCAGGGAUCAAACUGAGCCAGGCCCUGCCCCCAUCUGACCCUCAUCCAGGGGUCACCGUCAGGACCUUGGACCCCCCUGCCACCUCUGACCUUUCACCCCAACGCCCAGAAGUUGCGUUUAGGAACAUGCCUUCUAACCCGGCAACGCGUUGCCCUGAGGUCAAACACAAAGCUGGACCCCCCAACAGCCUGUCUAAGCCCUCAUCCAGGGGUCACCGUCAGGACCUUGGACCCCCCUGCCCUCUGACCUUUCACCCCAACAGCCUGUCUAAGCCCACACUGCACAGGUCCAUCUCUAGUGAAUACAAGCAGCCUGCCCAGACUACACACACGGCUCCAGGACCAGAGGUGAGUGCCAGUCCGAAGAGGGACAUCAAGGCCCAAGGAGGGAGGCCUCAUUCCGUUAAGUCAGGCCCAGCGCCCCAGCCUCCUACAAACCUCAGGCCGAGGCAGGUUGGGCAACCUGGGAGUCGCCCAACCACAACGCAGGACAUCCGUAAAGCUGGAUCUGUGGGGUCAGGACUCAGUGUGCCUGGGGGGUCAGGACUCAGUGUGCCUGGGGGGUCAGGACUCAGUGUGCCUGGGGGGUCAGGACUCAGUGUGCCUAGGGGGUCAGGACUCAGUGUGCCUGGGGGGUCAGGACUCAGUGUGCCUGGGAGGUCAGGACUCAGUGUGCCUGGGGGGUCAGGACUCCGUGUGCCUGGGGGGUCAGGACUCAGUGUGCCUGGGGGGUCAGGACUCCGUGGUGUAAUGAGCGACCAGCCCUGGAAGCCCCUGACUCUGGCUGCGUUACGUCCAUCUGACUCCAGGUCUAAUUACGGAGCUGUGGAGAGGAUCCUGAAGAGCUACGAGAACACUGCCUGGAGCCAGCGGUACCAGAACCAUACCCAACCCACUGAGUCCAGCCCUGACCCUGGUCCCGACCUCAGCCCUGACCCUGGUCUCAGCCCCAGUCCUAACCCUGGUCCCAACCUCAGCCCUAACCCUGGUCUCAGCCCCAGCCCUAACCCUGGUCUCAGCCCCAGCCCUAACCCUGGUCUCAGCCCCAGUCCUAACCCUGGUCUCAGCCCCAGUCCUAACCCUGGUCUCAGCCCCAGUCCUAACCCUGGUCUCAGCCCCAGUCCUAACCCUGGUCUCAGCCCCAGUGCUAACCCUGGUCCCAGCCCCAGUGCUAACCCUGGUCCCAGCCCCAGUGCUAACCCUGGUCCCAGCCCCAGUGCUAACCCUGGUCCCAGCCCCAGUGCUAACCCUGGUCCCAGCCCCAGUGGAAACCCAUGGUCCUGAUCCCAGUAAGGAUUACUGGGAUCAGUCAGGCCCUGCCUCUGGACACUCCUCCCACACACACUCUCACCACAGCCAGCUGACCAGCUCCCACAGAGAGACGAGGCUAACCAUGCAGGAGUGUAAAGUAUCUUCCAGCUCCUCAUCAGUCCAGAAGAAUUUCUCUCGUCCGGCCUGUCCAGCCAACCGCCGCCCCCCGUCACGCUGGGCUAGUUGUUCCCCCUCCACCUCUUCCUCCUCCUCCUCCUCCUCCACCCCUAUAAACCAGCCCUCUUCCGGCUCCGCCCACAAACACACAUCAUUCUCCUACUCAGCCUAUCACACAGAGACAGUCAUCAUCUGACCCCUUAGCUGACCCUGUGUCUCAACCAAUAAGAUGCAUUUCGUUACUAUACGUACUCUGACAUUUCCUUCCUUGAUUCCUUCCUUGAUUCCUUCCUUGAUUCCUUCACAUCGAAGGUCCGAGUCGGGUGGUGGGGUGGGGACGACGACCUUCUCCUCCAAUAUGGUUGUGAAGAACGUGACGCUGAACUGAGAUAGAACCGGACUCAAACCGCCUUUUCCUCCAUCGCCUCUAUACGUACCAAGACUGUUAUUUCUACAACCAAUCAGACGAUCCAAGAGCUUCAGCUGUGGACCAAUCAUCUUCAGAAUGUAAUCUCAUCGACUAGUGGACGAGGCGUUUCAUGUAUUCUACUAUAGCAACUCCAGGAUCCCCAAUGCUGACUGUACCUCUGUGGCUUAAUGUGCAUCCCAAAUGGCACCCUAUUCCCUAUAUAGUGCGCACUAUUUUAGACCAGAGCCCAUAGUGCCAUAGGGUGCUUUUUGGUCAAAAGUAGUGCACUAAAUAGGGAAUAGGGUGCCGUUUAGGAGGCUAAUAUAUUCAACGGCAUUCAUUUCACGUACUCUUUUUAACUUGACAUGUUGCAUAAUGAUGACAGUAUUACAGAAUAAAUGUUCUUCUUUACCUUUCUGAUAUCAGAUGGGAUUACAUUAAACUGUUUCUUCAUAUUUA